GCCAAAUUUGGGGGUCCAUGUCCUACUCCUAGGUACUUGUAUCCUGUUAUGUUUGGAGCCAGCCCGUCCUGAGCGUUCCCUCUCUCGUUCGUUUCUGCCCUUUGCUCUGCUUCCCAGCCAGCAUGACCGUCCUGAAACUACCGCCCAUCAAGGGCUUCCACACCUGCUCCGACCUGGAGCAGACCGACGUCCUCGAUACCCUGUUCGAGCCCAGCCCCGUCAUCCACGAGAAGCUGCUGUCCGUCAUCCGCACGGCCCAGUACAACUCCUGGGACGACCUGAUCGACGCCUGCCAGAUCCGCCUGCUGUCGCUCGCCGCGUCCACCUCGACCUCGUCGCCCGACGCCGAGCUGCUCAACGUGCUGGGCUCGCAUCCGCGCCUGGGCGAGAAGAAGAUUGAGUCGGCCCACUCGGCCUCGGAGCAGGCCAACAUCCAGAGGAACCAGAGCGUCGCGCAGGAGGAGGAGCUCGCGGCCCUGAACAAGCAGUACGAGGAGACCUUUCCCGGCCUGCGCUACGUCGUCUUUGUCAACGGGCGCGACAGGCCCGCGAUUAUGGAGGACAUGAAAUCGAGGAUCGCGCGGGCCGACUACACAAUGGAGGUGGAUGCUGCGCUGCAGGCCAUGUGUGACAUUGCAAAGGAUAGGGCGUCGAAGCUGGUAUAGGCCGGCCUCGUCAUACUCUGGGGGCGCAGCGGCACAAGAAGACAAGAAAGACCUUGAUUACUCUUUUUAUCUUUGUUGACGGGUAUCUCUGAUCAAACAGCGAAACCAUACUCCAGUACCUUAUCAUGCC